AUGGAUUGGGGUUUUGUACACAAAGCGUGGGAGAAAUGGGCGUCCAUUAACAUUGGUUCUUCUUCCGGUGAACCAUUGAAGUCUGCUUUUCUUCUUAACUACGAUCCAAAUGCACCGUCUCGCUUGCUUUCUAUCAUUGCAGAACAAGAAGGUAUAAAUGCUACUCCCAUUGAAGUGAGCCAUUUUGUUGAGUUUGUUAAGAGGAACAAGCUUCAAUCUGAGAGCUUUAUUAUUGGGCAAAAUCAAUAUGUGGUUACAUCCAUUCAUGAGAAUUGGUUCUGUGCAAGAUCUAUGACUACAUCAAAACCUGCUGGUGAAGGUGCCAUCAUCAUGCAGACAUCAACAUUCCUAUUGGUUGCACUGUAUGAUGGCUCAAUUGGUGCAGCGUCCCGUGCUAUGGUGGCUGUUGAUCAGUUUGCAUGGCAGCUUGGGCGAAGAAAUCUGUAA